UUUUUUUUUCUUUCCAAUUUGAAACAUGGCGGCCCCCUUGUCGAAGCAGCUUGAGAGUUUAUUAAAUCCCUUACCGAGUUUCCAUGACCCUGAGGAUGAUCAAGAUGAAGCCACUGUUGCAAGAGUCAUUGACAAAUUUGAUGAAGGUGAAAAUGAAGAUGAAACUCUUAUGGUCGGCAGCCUUCGCAAAAGAGCUUCAGCUUACCUCUCUGAUACAGACAAGCGAUACCUGGGGAAGGCCACUUCCCGCAAAGCUAUAAAGGCAGAGCUAGGAGAAGAAUCUUUCUCUGAGGAGUCUGCUGUGGAAAAUGAUAGUGUUCAUGAUGAUGUGGAAUCCGAUGUUGACCAAGAACCAAUGUACAGUGAUGAAGAUGAGAAGACAGAUAAUGAAGCAGAAGAAAAUGAGGAUGAUGAAUCUGAGGGAGAUGAUUCGGAUGAUGAACAAGAAACAGAUGGGGAAGAGUCCAUAAAUGACGUUUUGGAUGAACACAAAAAAACAGGAUCUGAUUUGGAAGAUGAUGGUGGUGUAGUGACCAUGUCUAAAAAGAAAGUAUCAAAGGAAGUUGAAAAGGGACAAGCUGUCAAAAACCAAAUGGCACUCUGGGACCAGCUUUUGGAAGGACGAAUCAAAUUACAGAAAGCCCUUCUAGUGGCAAAUCAGCUCCCACAGCCUUAUACGUUUCCAGUAUUUAAAAAGGAAGGAGGUGCAGAAUUUUCUGGGGCUCUCAAGAACAAUUAUAAAGCCUUAAAAGCUUUAAUGAGAUCCCUAGUUGAAUUACAAGAUGAGAUGUUGUACCAAUUUCCUGACACGCAGCACCUAGUAGAUGGAAAGAAACACAAAGCUGACAGUGAGGAGGAAGUUGCUAGUGAUGAAGAAGAGAAUGCAGAGAAGCCAGAAAGAAAGUGCGCUCCGAAGCGAAAACUUGAAGUUGAUGAAUAUCCAGAAUUCAUGGCUAAGCGGUUUGCAGACUUCAAAACAUAUCGUAAUAACACAUUACAGAAGUGGCAUGACAAGACAAAGCUGUCGGGAAAGAUAGGAAAGGGCUUUGGAGCUUUUGAUCGCUCUAUAUUGACACAGAUUGAGCAGAUUAUGAUGGACAAAGAAAGACUACUGAGACGUACACAAACUAAACGUUCCAUUUACAGAGUUCUGGGAAAGUCUGAACCGGAUUCUCAGUCUGUUCAGGAAUUUGUUCCUGGUGAAACAAUGGAGGCCCAACCUGAAGAGAAAUCUAAUUUACGUCUAAAAGAUCUAGAUGAAGAAAUUUUUGAUGACGACGAUUUCUACCAUCAGCUGCUUCGGGAAUUGAUAGAGCGCAAAACCAGCUCCAUAGAUCCCAAUGAUCAAGUGGCAAUGGGCAGGCAGUGGUUAGCAAUACAGAAAUUAAGGAGUAAAAUUAAGAAAAAAGUGGACACCAAAGCAAGCAAAGGAAGAAAAAUUAGAUAUCAUGCCCAUAGCAAGCUGGUAAGCUUCAUGGCUCCUAUUGACCACAGCACGAUGACCGAUGAUGCCAGGUGAGUAAUAGACUAGGUUUAUCAAAUAGCUUUUAGCAGCGGGAUAU